GUAACGAAAGUUUAAUAACAUGAGCAAGCUCAGAUUGGGAUCAGAGUAUAUUCCGUUGGCGGAGGACGACAUGUCGAAGGCCCGCCUCGUCGUACCGUUCUCCAGAGUGGCAUGGUUCACCGUGUUUCUGCCCUUCCUGGCGUUCGUCUUUUGCGUCGCCUGGUCGGUUCUUUAUAACUUUGAACACUCCACCUCCACUCAUUGUCAGGUGUACAAUUUUUUACCAUCUGUCUCAGCAGCCAUAGGUCACUACAGACCUCAGAAAGAUGUAUGGAAGACUGCUAUAGCAUUGCAAGCGUUAUUAAGAACCUUAGUAUUUACAUUAUAUUAUCGUUACUACAAGGAGCAUGUUUAUAAGUGGGCAGAAUAUUUAAGUAAUAUCGCGCUCGUUAUGUACGCCAUUGAAAAUACUUCUCUAGUGACACUGAGCUUUUGGACUUCCAAUGAGAAUUAUGCGUUCCAUAAGAUAUCUUUCAUAACUUUUUUGAUAACGUCAUUUAUAUACAUGUUCGUAGCGUAUUAUAUUAUAAAAAAUUGCCUGAAUAUUGCAAAAGGCUCGAACGAUGCUUCCUUAAAGUGGAAACGGAGAUCAAUGAUGCUGAAUGUGAUGUGUAUAGUAAUAGCAUGCUACUUCUUUUAUAGACAUAAUAAAUAUUGCGAACCCUUCGUGUAUUCAAUGUUCGCUUUAAGCGAAUACGGAGUUGUGCUUUCAAACAUGGGAUACCAUCUAACUGCUGCAUUGGACUUUGCUACCACACGUCUUAUGAUAUCAGGAAACAAACUUAGAAUUAUCUAAAACUUUUUUAAUUACAGUUUUUUAUCUCUUUUAGACAGCAUGAACUCAUUACAGAUAUUAAUGUCAGAUAUAUUCGUCAGUACUUGUAGCAGCACAUUUUUUAAGGCACUUUAAUUAAUGCUAAAAGGUUCUAUAUAUAAAAUGUACCUAAUGAUCCUUUUUGCU